CCGGGCGAGGGGCGGGCUCGGCCGUUCCGCGGCCCCUCCCCGCGCAGCCCCGCGCCCGCGCCCGAGGCCGGAGCCGCGUCGGGCACCCGCAGGCUGUGAGCCUGGCGCUCGACUUGGCCUCAGACGUUUUCGUCAUGCGGGUGCUGCUGGAGGAUUCCGGGGAGAUGUUCCGAGUGACAGCCUGCCGCAGCGACAUGACGGUGCGGGAGCUCAAAGAGGAGCUGGACCUAAUAGCCGGCAUCCCCUUCGACCUCCAGCGGCUCCAGUACCUGGACCAAGGAAUUUUGAUGGAUGACGCUACGCUGAAGUCCCACGAUGUUGUUCCUGGUGGAAUUAUUUCAUUAUGUGUCUGGCAUUAUGAUGGAUGGACGGAACUGGUUUUGGCGGCCGUGGAAGGGGAUUCCAGUAAGCUGUCUCGCCUCGGUGUCGCCGAAGAUUCUUUCUACCGAACAGCAAAUUCGCAGCAUUUUGACGACAAGCAGUGGAAGAAGUGGAUAUCUCAGAGAGCGUUCAUGGCGCUGUAUGUUGCCUCACACAGGGGUCACUCGGAGGCUGUUCAGUACCUUCUAGAACACGGUGCCAACUGUCAGGGCAGAUCCCCCGUGGGCAGGACGCCCCUGCACGUGGCUGCAGCCAUGAGCCGGCUGGACUGUAUCAGCCUCCUGCUCAAAUAUGGGGCCUCCAUCAACGACAGAGAUGCCAAGGGGGAGACGCCCAUGUCCCUCGCCUGCCGCCUGAACCGCAGCCAGAGCAGGCGGCGGAUGUUCCUCUUCUACCGGAUGGUGAAGCUGGGGACAAAGGACCCGAUGGACCCUGUCGUGAACGAGGCUUUUCAGAGAGUCAAGGCCGGGUUUGGAUCCGAGAAGGAGAACAAAACGUAGCUCCACCUGGGAAUGUUUGCAUGUCACCUCUGACUUGGGGUUACUUUCCUGAGUUCAGAUCCACGGUGGCCAGUGGCUUUGGGUGAGGAGGAAGGCCGGGAAACGCGGCAGUUCCUCUGAAUCAGAUAGGAAACCAUCGGUCCUAUUUGCAAAUGACUUGAGGAGGGUAUUGAUGGAAGUGGGUGAGUUUGUGUUCAUUUCCUAAAGCCAUCACAGACCUAACGGGCUCCCAUGCCAGCCUUUAAUGUUGAGCUAUUUGUUCAUCGUAUCCAGUAACGCUGCCUGGGGUGACGGGCACCAAUUACCUUCUCUCCCGUCUGGACACCGUCUAAUGCAUCAGCAUAAUAGGGGUAAUAGCCGUGAGGCGAGGAGCUCUGUUGUUACGGUACAAAACCCGCGCAGGCAAAUGUCACCAGGUCGUGGGCAGUGUGACCUGUGAAUUUCAGUUUGUAAAAUUCAUGGCACUAGAUGCUCCCUAAGCUAGCAAUGUUCCAGAAGUUUUCCUGAACCUUCCUGGAGGGGUCUGCUGCCUGACUCUGAGGUGGGGCUGGGGGAGAAGCCAGGCUGACCUGGGGGGCAUCUAAGAGCUUGGUUCUCCACAGGGGCGCCUGGUUGCUCUUGGUGAAAGGUGAUAGGCUGGCACUGGAUUUGGAGGAGACGGUGUAAAAGAUGAUGAGGAGUUCGUAAGGGAGAGGAUUCGAGCUGGCAGCUUCUUUUUUCCUUUUGUCCCAUCCCCAAAGGUCCAAGCACCCCCCUCCCGCUAGCUUUCUCCUUUCCUGCUAGAACUGGGGUAGCUCCAGCAUCCCUACUGCGGGGCAGUGUCUAUGCUGGACUCUGGGCUCGACACCCACAAAAGCUGCCCUGUGGGUGAGUGAGCUGGGUGUGGGAGCCGAGAGGGAGGGGUGAGGACUGGGGCGGACUGACGGGCCCGCCCGCCCUUGUCUGAAGGGGGCACCGUGACUCAGCUGCAGCAGAAAGGUGAGCCAAAGGCAGCUAGAUCUUUGCAGGGCUUCCCAGAGCUGGAAACCUGGCUUGUUGAGCUAAGUCCUGAUUUUUAAGCGUUGGCUUGAAUUAUUUUAAGAUCAGCGUACGGAACAAAAGGAGGAGUAGGAGAUUUGAGACACAUGGCUGGGGCCGCCGGCCAUCGUCAGACUAACUCAUUUCACUGGGGAAACGGGUAGAAGCAACCUAAGGCUCACCGGAACUUUCCCCGGCUCUGAAGCCACAGGGCGGGAACGGCCGUGAGUGUUGCCGGGUGGGGAGUGUUGUCCACCCUUCCACCCGUGGCCACACAUGUGUCUCUGAAGCCCUGUGUCCUGACACAGCGUCCGGAGCCAGUCCGUGUGGCAGCGGUCUCUCGACCGUUGAAGUUCUGUUCCUUAAGGUGCUGGAAAAUGGCACUGUAUCCCAGCUGCCCUUCUUUCUGACUUACAUCCCAAGAACCGGAUUCCGCUUCUACAUUAAUUGGCCGCAUUUCCCGCUGUCAUGGCAAGUGAGAGCCGUGCUGGUGACGUGGCUUUACAGCCGGCGGACGUGGCUGGAGCCAGCUCAGCAAUCUGUUUGACAAAUGAUAGUCAGGAAAAAACAUACAGCUCGGCAUCAACAAUGUCAAAACAGAUCUUGUUUGUGGCAGACGUUCUCCACAGUCAAUAGGCAGAUAUUAAAUAACCUCAUCCAGCGGGGGCAGUCCAUUUAGCUAAUGAGGUGUGUUGGCAGGGGCACCUGGGCACCCUUUUAACAAGUGGUGUGACUCAGAGUCAUGUGUUUUCCGGGAGCUUUGCUCUGCUGUGUUUAUUGUUAGCAGAGCCAGCUGCCUGACGUUUGUCCCCAAAACUUUGGAGGGAAGCCCUCUGUCUUUGUCACCCCCAAUUCAGCUGAACACUUGGCCGGCAAACUCUCCAUGGUGACAUUUUGCUCGGUCUGUGGCAGGGUCAUUAAAACAGUCCUGUAGGUCCCGGGGGCUCUUCCUUUUAGACGAUCUUAACAUUCCAGCUGUUAUAUUCAAACAAGCCUGUAUCACCUAUUCAAUAAAAUAUGUCCGUAGC